AACACGCAUAACAGCAGAGCGCAUGCUAAGUUGCAUAAAAAAGACGAAGGUAAUUUGACAGAUGUCUGAGUGUUGGAUUAAUUAGAGGUUAUGUUUUUGCUUACCCAUAACUCAAAACAUGAUAAUUUUUCCAUAAGUUUUGAGAUACAUAAUAUGCCAGAUAGAUAAAUAGUUUGAAAUGGUUAAAACAGUGUACGUUGUGUGCUUCUUAUUAUGUUAUUGUAAUAUAUAUCUUGCCAAAGCCACCCUCAGUCCCAAGAAUAGAGUCAGCAAAAGUGAAAAGAAAUCGGAAAAGAUCAAGGAGGGACCCCAGAAUUACAGUGUCUUCGACAAAGGCUUUGUUACCGAAAUAGAGUCUGCAAAGGAUAUUAUUAGCAAUCAUAAGGCAUUUUUUAAAGAGGUGGACGAUUAUAAGUUUGAUGGAUUAGUUCUUGGAUAUGUUACACCAUGGAAUAGUCAUGGCUAUGAUGUUGCAAAAAUAUUUGGUAAUAAGUUCACUCAUAUAAGCCCUGUAUGGCUCCAAAUAUCAGGUCAGGACUAUCAGGUGCGUGGUCUACAUGAUGUUGACUCAAAGUGGAUGGUGGCAGUGAAAAAUGCUGGAAGGCAAAGGAAUUUGAAAAUUGUUCCCAGGUUAUUAUUUGAAGGGUGGUAUGGUAGAGACUACCUUAAUAUAGUCUCAAAUGAGGGUCGUAUGAAGAAGUUAACUCAAUCAUUGAUAAAAACAGCCAAAAAGUAUCAUUUUGAUGGUUAUGUUUUGGAAGUAUGGUCACAAGUUGUGAUGGUUCUGAAAUUUGACUUGCUUACAAAAUUCAUCAAGGACAUUGCCAGUGCAUUGAAUGAGGAGGAUUUGGAAACAAUACUUGUAAUACCGCCAAAACGUGAUUCACAAGAUGCAUUUACCCACGAACAUUUUGAUGAACUAUAUGGCCAUUUGGCAGCAUUUUCACUGAUGACAUACGAUUUUUCUGUGUCUGGAGCACCAGGCCCAAAUGCACCAAUAGACUGGAUAGAAGACUGUAUAAAGUCAUUGACACCCCACAAAGCUCAACGUAAGAAGAUAUUGACGGGUUUGAAUUUUUAUGGGAAUGACUUCACCAUUGCUCGUGGUGGUAGUCCAAUAGUGUCACAUGAAUACAUUGACAGAUUGAAAAAACAUAUUUCCAAUGGCAAGCUGCAAUAUGACUCCAAAGUUGCUGAACACUGGUUUGAUUACACUUUCAGCAUUGUAUCUUGUAUGGUUUUCAAGAGGAUUCUAAUUGUUUAUAACAGAUUUGAUAUAACUUCAACCUUCGCUUGACAUUCGUCAGUAUAGUGCUAUAAAGAUUCAGUAAAACAAAAGGCGUCGUAGUGUAAUGGGGAAGAGCGACGAUUGCAGAUCCGCAGGAUGGAGGUGCAAAUCCACAAAGCUCCUUUUUUCUAUUAUUUUUUUAUUUGGGGGAAUAAAUGCUUUUUCACAUUACGUGUACUUUUAAUGCGAUCAAACAGUUUUUCGCAUAGCAUAGACAAUGUAAGCUUGCAAACAGGAAACCAGCUGUGGACUCAAACGGUGAAAAUCAUAUCGUGUUCUAUCCAACCUUGUACUCAAUAUUCAGAAGGUUAGAUUUAGCACAAAGCCUCAAUACUGGAAUAUCCAUAUGGGAGUUAGGACAAGGAUUAGACUAUUUUUAUGAUUUAUUGUGAUUUUAGUGUGAAUAAAUGUACUACAUAAAGAUUGACAUAAAAUGCUAAUAAAUGUAACAAUCAUUGUUUUCCCCUGAAGUACGGGAUACGCACAAAUAUAUCUUGCCAAUUACACAGGGGUAGAAAAAUGUGUGGGUAGUUAGGACAUUGGUAUUUUAUAUGGUACAUACAAGUCUAUGUUCUAUGGAAAACACUAUCAUCUACAAUAUUGGGAUACUUCAGUUCAGGAGACAGAACAAAUAUACAUAAUACUGAAGAAAUACGUUCUAAUGAUUAAAGUAAAUUCAUGCAAAUAUCAAAAUCAAAACAGUCUUUUAUUAUAAACGG